AUGGCUGUAACAAUGCCCUUUGGUAUUUUUGAGUUUUUGAGAAUGCUUUUUGGAUUCUGUUAUGUGGUGCAGACAUUUCAACACAUUAUGGACAAAAUCAAAAGACAUCUGGAUUUCUGUUAUGUCUACAUAGAUGACACUUUAGUGAUGGGGGCAACAGAGGUUCAGUUUCUGGUAUAUACAAUCAACAUCCAUGCCAUCCAACCUCCUAAAGAUAAGUGGGAAUCCACAUUUAAAUACUUCUGUCCUGUUACAAUUAAGGAGCUACAUCAUUUUCUUGACAUCACUAAUUUCUAUCAUCGAUUUAUAUGA